CCGCGACACUUGAGUGCAGCAUGAGUGCCGACGAGUCGUACGCGUUCGUGGCCGAGUGGUUCGACCCGCAGGCCGAGAUCGCUCGGCAGUACCUCCUCCAGUACUUUAGCGAUGGCUCGCUCGAAAUGAUCGACAAAAAGUCGCUCAAGCCGUUCUUGAAGCGCAUCAAGUUCCCGAGCGUCAAGAAGGUCGACCUCUUUGUCGGCGCCUGCAUCACAGUGUACUCGCGCCAAAUCCACUUGCUCGAUGCCGCCAACGAGUGCACGCGACGCCUCCUCGCGACGCGCGGCGGCAACCGGCUGCUUUUGAUUAAACCGAGUGGCUAUCGCCCGCUGGGGCAGAUUCUCGCAGCGAUCGAGCAGAGUCACGUCGCGAUCGUCAACCUGCGCAUGGUGCAAUUGACGCCAAGCGACAUGCCCCGCGUUCUCGAGAUGCUCUCAACGGACAAUAACCAUGCCUCGUCCAAGCAAGCAGCGCUCGCGGACGAGUACACGCGCGACUUUUCCGUGCCGGUCGAAGUCUCGCUGGGGUCGCCAACGGCCCUCGACGACGCCUUGCGACGCCUCGACGCACUGCGGCUCCGAAGCCAUGUCCAACUCUUCGAGAACCUCUCGGCAGCCACCUACUUCUUGGACACGACUCGGUUCCCAACAACCGCCGCCUUUACCUGCUGCACGCUGUGUCUUAUCCGCCCGCGUGUCGUGCACGAAGGCAAAGUCGGGGCCAUUGUCGAUGCAAUCUUGCGCGAAGGCUACGAGGUCUCGGCGGCCAAGCUCGUUCAUGUACAAGCCAACGCGAUGAACGAGUUCCUCGCCAUCUACAAGGACGUGACGCGGCAAUACCACGAGCUCGUCAAGAGCAUGGCGUCGGGUCCACUCGUGGCGCUUGAGAUUCGCGGUGACGGCGACAUUGUCUCGCGCUUCCAGGCGUUCUGCGGUCCGUUCGAUGUGCAGAUCGCGAAGGAGCUGGCGCCGACGUCGCUUCGAGCUCGCUUUGGCGCGACGACGCUGCACAACAGCGUGCAUUGCACUGACGUCCCGGAGGACGGCGCGCUGGAAGUGCAGUUCUUCUUCCGACAUUUGGUCUAAUCCGAUCUCGUCAAUGUCGAACGAACGACGAGGGUCCUCGAGCCCGAUGCCGCCAACUAGUGUGCACUUAGACGUGAAUACUCAAGAGAGAAAAAUCCAUGCCGCGACGCCUCUU